AUGGCCGAACACCAACUUGGGCCUCCGGCCAGCAAGAAACCCAGGAUCGGAUCUCCGUCUCUCAACACACCUAGUGAGGGCAAUGAAUUCAACUUCUCAAACUUAAACUUUGAAGUUAUUGUCAAUGACCUGCCGGAUGAUCUUGAUGGGCUCCAGGGAUCUGCAAGUGAUGCCCAGACGUGCCAGGACAGUGGUUUGGGGGGAUCACUGUCGCAGCUGCUGUCUAGAUCUGCACCAAACUCCCAGACAUCAUUAUCAAUGCCCAUCAACAGUGUUGGUAGCGUACAGAGCAGAAGUCCCAUGACAAACAAUUUAGCGGCUACACUAACGAAUGCAAAUAAAGUAGCCACAUCUUCGCACAUGGGCAUGAACGAUAAUCUUGUCAGCAACUCGUUCACAAUCUCAGGAACCAAUCCAGGAUUAAUGGGGGGUGUUGCCAACUCGAUGGGCAUGAAGUCCAUGGGAACCCAGCAGAUGAUCGGCGGAGUGGGUAGUCUGAACAUGGGGCAGCAGCUGCAAAACCAGAUGAUGAAUGGACCAGGUAGCUUUGCCAACAACUUGGGGCAGAUGCGUGGGAUGUCGAAUAAUGUGAAUCCUUCAACAUCCAUGCAAAUACCUCAAACAGGAAUGAUGUCCAGUCCAGGCAUGGCACAGAUGCAGCCUCACCAGGGCAUCUCUGGACAUGUGAACCUCAACAUGCAGCAGCAGACUGUUGCCCAGAUGGUUCGGCCUGGACCACCGACUGCGGUGGCUGGGGCAGCUGGGCCUCGACAGACCUCUGCUGACCCUGACAAGAGCAAGCUCAUCCAGCAGCAGUUGGUUUUGUUGCUGCAUGCACACAAGUGCCAGCGAAGGGAGCAGGCCAAUGGUGACCAGGAUUGCAAGCUGCCCUACUGUCGUACCAUGAAGAAUGUUCUCAACCAUAUGACCACUUGCAAUAAGGGCAAGGCUUGUGAGGUGGCCCAUUGUGCAUCUUCUCGUCAAAUCAUCACUCAUUGGAAGAACUGUACGCGUGUCGACUGCCCUGUGUGUUUACCUCUGAAGAUUGCAGACAAGCGCAACACCACAGGGCAAAAUGUCAAUCAAAAUGCAACGAUGACAGUUCCCAAUUCUCAAACUUCGGGUGUCACUGACCAAGCUACUAUGAAACGAGCCUUUGAGUCGUUGGGUCUGCCCUACAACCAGCCGAGCCCGCAGCAUAAUGCCACCACCCACAUACACCCACAGAUGAAUGCUGUGCCAAAUGAUGGACAAAUGAACAAGCCCAGCCUGCCUAACCAAGGCCAGAAAGUGAUGCCCAAUCAAACGGCAACCACUACCAGCACCCAGAUGGGCAACCUCUUGUGUAACAUGUCAACGAACCAAGGAUCUCAGCCCAUACAGCCCCAGAGUGGCAGCCAGUUGGCCACCUCCACAGCUCAAGCUGCUGCUAUGGGCAAUGCCCCAGACAUUGUCAAGUCCAUACCGCCCAGUAACCGCAAGGAUUGGCAUGCCCAAGUGACUCAGGAUUUGAGGAAUCACCUUGUUCAUAAAUUAGUUCAGGCAAUAUUCCCCACGCCAGAUCCUGCAGCACUGAGAGACAGUCGCAUGAAAAACCUUGUAGCAUAUGCUCGCAAAGUGGAAGGUGAUAUGUAUGAAACAGCAAAUAACAGGGGUGAAUAUUAUCAUCUGCUGGCAGAGAAAAUUUACAAAAUUCAGAAAGAACUAGAAGAGAAAAGAAUACAGAGAAUGAGAGGAUCAUUGAAUACAGGUGUUGGUGGAAUGCCUGCACCGAUUCGACCAGGAGUGCACAAUGGUCCAACAAGCGUGCAAUUAGGCAACACAGUGUUUAAUGACAUGAAUAAUGUGCAACCCGCCCAACAGCAAUCUCCAGCAGGUCUGUCGAUGCCAGGAAAGUGGAACCAGAAUAUGCGAGCUACGCCACCUCCUGCAGGACAGGUGCUGGGUGUGUCCACAACCACCACUCCGAUGAGCAUCAAUGCUGCACUGGCUGAAUCUCAGCAGCAGUUUGAUGCCAUUAAACGUUCCUUGCCACAGCAGCCACCCGGCAGGCAUUUACUUGCCACUUCCACCAUCACAUCCACUCAUCCAUCACCCCAGCAGCAGCAGCAGCAGCAGCUUUUGCACCAGUCGCUCAACUCACAGCCACAGGUUGUUCAGUCUCAGCAGCAGUCAGCCAUCCAGAAUCACAUCAACUCCAUCAUGACAGAUUCCUUAGGCAUUGGUAAUCAACGAAUGGGGAGCCUGCAGCCUUCAGUUGGGGGCUCCCUAGAUAGUGUGGUAUCCCCAAAUAGCGUCCGGGUGACUAACUCCCAGCAAUCUCUACUGCAGCAAUUUGGGGGCAAGAUGGCUGCCACAACCAAUGGUCAAACUCAUCUGUCCAUGCCCCGGCCUGCUCAAUCCAACGGACAAGUGUCUUGUAAAGAUAUGAACGACGAUCAUCCACAAGGAUUAGAUGAAAUCGGCAAGCAAGGCUCAACUGUCAGAGAUUCCAGUUUAGCUGAAAGCAAUCAGAACCUCUCUAGUCUGCUGUCAGCGGCAUCACCUUCAACAUUAACUUUACCACCCAUCACUCCCACCAUGUCCAACUCGACUGCCAUGUCUUCCAUACUCAGCUCAACUGCCAUGAAGGCAGAGAUCAAAACCGAACCAUUGUCUGAACUUAAGCCGGAUACUGAUAUGAAAGAUGAGAAGAUGGAUGUAAAAUCUGAGUCGGAUUGUAAACCCGAGCUGAACAGCGUGAAGGAUGACAACGAUACGUCCAGUCCCAAGUUAGAAGGUAUGGAUGACAACUCUCAGAUGGGCUCUAGUGAGGAGAAAUCCUUAGUUGUGGCUGAUGCUUCCAGUGUCUUGGCAACUACUACAAAACCCAGGUGCAAGAAAGUAUUUAACCCCGAUGAAUUAAGGCAAGCUUUGAUGCCGACAUUGGAGAAACUUGUGAAGCAAGAUCCUGAAUCUCUUCCCUUCAGGCAGCCAGUUGACCCCGUUAUACUUCAAAUUCCAGACUAUUUUGAUAUUGUCAAAAAGCCCAUGGACUUGUCUACAAUCAGACGAAAGUUGGACUCUGGGAUGUACAAAGACCCCUGGGAGUAUGUGGAUGAUGUUUGGCUCAUGUUUGACAAUGCCUGGCUUUACAACAGAAAGACCUCCAGAGUAUACAAGUAUGCCUCAAAG